UGACGGAAAGGAACUGGUCAGAGGCUGUGACGUGUUCUGCUGGGAUUGGCCCUCUGCAGCCACCAUCCCGUAACUGGGUUUCCGGUCUCCUAGCAACAAGCUCUGGUGACGCUAGAAGAGUCCGGGCAAAGCCUGAAAAGCCUGAAUGGAGCUAUCCGUGCCCCCACCUCAGAUCUAUGUAGAAAAAACUCUGGCCAUUAUCAAACCAGAUAUUGUUGACAAAGAGGAAGAGAUACAAGAUAUUAUUCUCAGAUCUGGAUUCACCAUUGUUCAGAGAAGAAAACUUCAUCUCAGCCCUGAGCACUGUAGUAACUUUUAUGUGGAACAGUAUGGGAAAAUGUUUUUCCCCAAUUUAACAGCCUACAUGAGUUCUGGACCACUUGUUGCCAUGGUAUUAGCUAGACAUAAAGCCAUCUCUUACUGGAAAGAACUUUUGGGACCAAGUAAUAGCUUAAUAGCUAAGGAGACACACCCAGACAGUCUAAGGGCAAUUUACGGCACAGACGAGCUAAGGAAUGCACUUCAUGGGAGUAAUGAUUUUGCUGCAGCAGAAAGAGAAAUUCGAUUUAUGUUUCCGGCAGUGAUCACUGAGCCCAUUCCAGUUGGACAAGCUGCAAAGGACUAUUUAAAUUUGUAUGUAAUACCAACUCUGCUUGAAGGACUUACAGAGCUUUGUAAGCAAAAACCAGCAGAUCCUUUAAUUUGGCUAGCUGAUUGGCUGCUGAAAAAUAAUCCCAACAAACCUAAACUUUGUCAUCAUCCAAUUGUAGAAGAAUCUCAUUAAAGCCCUUGAAGAACAAUUCACGAACUCUCUUAAUAUAAAAGGCAUGCUUCUACUUAAGAAAAAAGUAAUUCCUAAGGGUUUAAGUAACUGCAUGUGAAAUAAAUUAUUUCUUAAAAAUAAAUUUUAUAAGAACAAAUGUAUUUUGUGAAGCAGAUCACACUAAGGUAAAAUAGAGGCUUAGGGUAUGAUUU